AUGGCACCAUCAACUAAAACCAAUAGGGACAACGUUAACUCUUCUAAACCAAAGAAGCAGUUGAAGUUAUUUGCUUUUGAAAUGGGAACUUCGGGUCUUCAAUCGCCAGGGCUUUGGAAACACCCAAAGGACCACUCGCGUGACUACAACACACUUGAAUACUGGACAUCGUUGUCGCAACUCCUUGAACGUGGAAAAUUCAAUGGUUUGUUCAUUGCCGAUGUGUUGGGGCCAUAUGACGUUUACAACGGUCCUAAGAACUUCACUGCUGCUGCUACUUCAGGAGCCCAGUUUCCCAACAUUGAGCCGCUGGCAUUGAUUAGUGCAUGUGCUGCUGUGACUUCCAAUUUGGCGUUUGGCAUUACAUUUUCCACUAUUAGUGAAGCACCAUACCAUUUUGCUAGAAGGUUGGCUACGUUGGAUUGGUUGACCCGGGGAAGGAUUGGAUGGAAUGUGGUUAGUUCAUACUUGGACUCGGCAGCUAGAAACUUGUUGAAUGGGGAGGAUUUACCACCACACAGUGAAAGAUACCAACGUGCUGAAGAAUACAUUGAAGUUAUCUACAAGUUGUUCUUGAGUUCUUGGGCUGAUGAUGCUGUUGAGCUAAAGGAUGGGGUCUUUUCCAAUCCUGAUAAGAUUAGACAGAUUAACCAUAAGGGGAAAUGGUUCGAAGUACCAGGACCUUUUAUUUCCGAACCCAACCCUUAUCAAAGACUACCAGUUAUUAUUCAAGCAGGUACAUCCAGUGCUGGUAAAAACUUUGCUGCAGAACACGCUGAGGUUGUGUUUGUUACCCAAUUUGCUCCAGAGGCGUUAGCUAAGCUGAUCACGGAAAUUAAAAAGAUUGCCCUUGAAAAAUUUGGUCGUCCUGAUGGGUCAAUCAAGUUUUUACAAUUGAUUACUCCAAUCAUUGGUGCUACUCAAGAAGAGGCCGAAUCUAAGUACCAAGAAUACCAAAGCUAUGGUGAUAUUGAAGGUGCACAGGCCUUGUUCUCUGGGUGGACUGGGAUUGACAUUAGUCAGUACCAAUAUGGUGAAGAUAUAACCGCUGUGGGAACUAAUGCCGUCAAGUCGUUCCUUGACCUAUGGAACAAGAAAGCUCCUGGUGAGCCCGAACACGUGAAAAAGACCAGAGAACACGUAGCUAAGCAAAUAACUAUUGGUGGAUUAGGACCCGUGUUUUACGGUACGGCUGAAAAAGUGGCCGAUGAAAUUGAGCGUUGGGUAGGAAUAUCUGACCUUGAUGGAUUCAACAUUACUUAUGCCGUGCAGCCAACCACAUUUGAGGAAGUUGUUGAGGUUUUGAUUCCGGAGUUGCGUAAGCGAGGCUUGGUGUGGGACGAUUACCCUAACAUUGGCAGACCAUUGAGUUUUAGAGAACAAUUGUUUGGAGUCGACCGCGAAGAUUCAAGCUUUUUGUUGGAGACACACCCUGCUCAUAAGUUGAGAUGGAGAGCCGGUGAAUCGAAAGAAGAAUUUGAAGCUAGGUUGAAUAAGAAACGAAGUAUUGAGGGGGUGGAGGAUUAA